GAGACGGACAACUCGUCAGACUUUGGGGACGAGUUGGACAACGAAGAGACGAAGGAGCCGAACGUGAACUCCCACCGUCACCUUCACAACGAGUUGGAGAAGCUCCGUCGGGUGAAGCUGCAUCAUCUCUUCAAAGGUCUGAGGAGAGAAGUCGGUCUUAGUGAAGAGAAGACGUCAAAGAUCUUCACGCUGAAGAAGGCGGUUCAGGUGAUCCAGCAGCUGAGGACGACGGACUCAGAUCUAGAGAGGAAGAAGAGGAGGCUGAUGAAGAGGAGGGAGGAGAACCUCAGCGUCAUCGCUCAGACAUCAGAGAGCGGACUGGUGAGCAGCGGACGUCAGAGAUCAGCUGAUCAGUCAGCGGGAGGAGGGACAGGAAGCAGAGACACAGGAAGCAGGGACACAGGAAGCAGAGACACAGGAAGCAGGGACACAGGAAGCAGGGACACAGGAAGCAGGGACACAGGAAGCAGGGACACAGGAAGCAGGGACACAGAAAGCAGAGACACAGGAAGCAGAGACACAGGAAGCAGAGACACAGGAAGCAGGGACACAGAAAGCAGAGACACAGGAAGCAGAGACACAGGAAGCAGAGACACAGGAAGCAGGGACACAGAAAGCAGGGACACAGGAAGCAGGGACACAGGAAGCAGGGACACAGGAAGCAGGGACACAGACCUGAUGGAGGUGGUGGAACAGACGGACGGGCCGACAGAGGAAUCGUCUGACGAGGAGAGACUCGUUACCACGGCGACCAACGAGGCGGCGGUCCGGGGCGUUGCCAUGGAGACGGAGGAGGAGGGCCGCCGGCUGAGGAGGCUGGAGAGGAUGAUGAGGAACAUGGGCUCAGAAAGCAGUUUGAAGGUGAAGAAGCCGGUCGGAGCUCUGAGCGACACGUUGGCCUUCAGUGGUCUGCGUUCAGUCAUGAACUCCAGAGACUCUUCAGAGAGACUCCUGCUGGAUCAGGCCCGUCAGGAGAUCCAGACUCUGCAGAACGACUCGGCCCGACUGAGGAGUCUGAAGAUCUGUCUGAAGCAGCAGAGAGACGCCUUCAUCAGAGAGCUCGGCCUCAGAUCAGGUAAAAGUACACAGAGAAUCCACUCGGAGCUUCAUCACCUGUCGUCACAACAGAGAGAGACGGAGGAGGAGGAAAAACACCGAACAGCCAAUCAGCUGCCAGCAGCAGCAUGGGGCGGGGCCUCAGGUCCAGCAGCAGGUGAAUCCACUGAUGACAUCAUUGUAGUGGAAUCCUCCAUCAUGCAGCGGCGGUCUCCUCAAACUCCUCCCACCACCACACGGGUUCAGCAGCCUCAGAGCGUCCUGCAGGUGUCACAGCCCGUCCUGGCUCCUCCUGGUGUAUCCCACAAUGCAUCAGUGGCGAGGGACAGGCCGAGGACGGUCCCCAACAUCCUGUCUCGCAGAAAGACUCCAGCUGCAUCAUCGUCCUUUAGCGCCCUGGUUCCGGCGGAGGUUCUGACGCUGGUCCGUGCUGCGUUGCCGGGGCAACAAGUCCUGACCAUGAGCCCGCUGAUGGCGGGAACGACGGUGCUGCAGACGUCUCCUUCACCAGGCAUGACAACAGUCACCCUCAACCUCCCCAAUCUGACCAACCAGCAGAUCCAUCUCACCUCACUGCCCCGCCCCCCAACCGGUAAGAUCGUCAGCAGCUCCGCCCCCCUCACCUUCACUAACCUCACAGCCGCGAACUUCAACAACCUGCUGCAGCUAGUACAACCACCAAGUACACAACAACAACAAGUACUACAACAACAACAAAUACUACAACAACAAAUACUACAACCACAACAACAACAAAUACUACAACAACAACAACAACAAAUACUACAACCAGCACAACAAGUACUACAACAAGUACUUCAGCCAACACAACAAAUACUACAAAAACAACAAGUACUACAACCACCUCAGAAAAUACUACAACAACAACAAGAAGUACUACAACCACCACAACAAAUACUACCUCCUCCUCCCCAGCAGCAGCAGCAGCUCCCAGCUGGUCCGUCCAUGCUGGUCUCUGCUGGUUCUGGUCUCUCCUCAGACCAGAUCAAAGACCAGGACCAACCUUCUCCGGGUCUGGGUCCGAGUGCUGAGGGUCGGGUUGAGGUAACAGCGACGGGAGACGACGAGAGACUGACGUCUCUCCUCAACGAGAUCUUCUUCCUCAAUCAGCAGACCGUCGCCUCGGCAAUGACGGCAGCCGGGGUCCCGUCACCGGAGAACCCUUCCACUGAGGAUGCGGCGGUGGGUGGAGCCACGGAGAAGGGACACGCCCACAGCCCCUGGCUCCUGGAGCUGGACUCGGACUCCGACGACCUAACAGAGACAACGUGGGGUGGACAGCAGCUUGGACCUGCCAACGGGAACGCUAACGCCAUGGCUCCGCCCCCUCUGCUGCAGAUGAAGGUGGGCGGGGCUAAGGCGGCGGACCCAACCAGCAGCGAUGGAGCAGCGACGGGAGAAGAAAGAGGCGGGAGAAGGGAGGGGGGCGUGGCCUGGAGGCCGAUGCCGAGGCUGGUUCCUCUGGGACUGAGAGGGAACCCCCCAGCUGACAUCACACAGAUCAGAUGACAUCACACAGAUCAGCUGACGCCACCAGACUCCCUCUGAUGAUGUCACAGCAGAGAUAGGACCUCAUUGGUUCUCUGCAGACUGUUUUCUGAUUGGCGACAGUUUGUGUUGAUGUUAUUUCUGGUAAAACAGAAACACAGGACGGCCAAUCAGAAGCCAAGCUGUUCCUCUGACGAUGGUUCAGAGCGUUUCAUUGGUCGUUUCCAGACGAUCAGAGAUUACGUGGUUUUAUUUAUAUCGGUCUAUACAGUUCUCUGAAUAUAAAUCUUCACCUCCGUCCUCCUCAGUUGACGCUGCGUCUGAAGGCAGCAACGGGCAACUUUGUGUGUGUGUGUGUGUGUGUGUGUGUGUGUGUGUGUGUGUGUGUGUGUGUGUGUGUGUGUGUGUGUGUGUGUGUGUGUGUGUGUGUGUGUGUGUGUGUGUGUGUGUGUGUGUGUGUGAGAGAGAGAGUGUGAGUGGACGCUCUUUCGUUUUAAGGGUUCACAUGAAACUGGUUUCCGUUUUCAAACAGGAAGUAGAAACUUUCUGUUGGACAAAGUUUGUGAAAAAGAAACGUUCCUCCUAUUGAAACAAUAGAAACACUACCAUUGUCUCCAGGCUGAGACUCAGCUGGACUCAGCUGGACCUGCUCAGUGUUCAGAGGCCCGGUGAAGCCUCAGAUGAAGCUGCUGCUCUUCGUCUUCAUCUCUGUACAGUGUUCAGUUCUUCUUGUUUUUCCUACAUUUGUAUUUUUCUACGUGUUAAAGGACGCUGAUGUAAAUAAAUAAAUGUCUGCAGGAAGACGUCUCCAUCACGAGUCUAACUACUGUCAAUGAAGUUCAAAUAGCAACUUCUGACUCAGAUUUGAUUCUUUUAAAAGACAAACAUGAUGCAAUAUUUAGAUUGAAUGGUUACAGUUUGACCUUUAACCUGAAUGAGGUGAGAGAAGAGCUGUUUUUAGAUUUACCUGAUCGCCCCUGAAUGCAUCAUUCUAACAGAAUAAAUUAUGGAAGCAAAAAUAACUU